ACCAUCAGCGCCACCGGUGCCAGAGGCAAUGUCUUCUCAUUUUGAUCAACAGCAAACUCCAGUUACUGGAGUCCCAGUCUCGAUAAAUGUUGCCGAUAAGCGCAUUUCGAAAAAGACUCCGGGGCGAUGGUCCACCGGUCUGUGUCAUUGCUGUCAUGAUCUUAGCAGUUGUUGCUUAACAUGCUGGUGUCCAUGUGUAACAUUUGGUCGGAUUGCAGAAAUUGUGGACAGAGGAUCGACAUCUUGCGGAGUAAGCGGAGUCUUAUACUCGAUCAUGUUGUGCCUAACAGGUUGCUCGUGUCUGUAUUCGUGCUUCUAUCGGUCGAAAUUGAGGGGACAGUAUUUUCUGGACGAGAGCCCGUGUACUGAUUGCUGUGUUCAUUGCUGUUGUGAGACGUGUGCAUUGUGCCAAGAGUAUAGGGAGCUCAAGAACCAGGGUUUUGACAUGUCUAUAGGGUGGCAUGGGAAUAUGGAGAGACAGAAACGAAAGACAGCUGCAUUACCUCCAUCAGUGCAACAAAGUAUGCAGCUUUAGGAUAGGGGACGGGACGAUGUGGUACUUGUCCGCAUAUAUACAUGUUUGUGUGUAUUUCCUCUUUGACACAGCAAUAGGAUUUGAUUCGAAAAAAUCAAAAUUGUAAGCCUGAUAUGAGUGAAAUGACGUAAGAGCAUAUGCCAGUCGAUUCAUAGACAAGUUGGACAAUCCCUUCAAAUUUCCAGAUUUCAGAUAUUUCA